AGGUACGCGCUUUUGUUUUGUCGUACUUUUUCAACAUAUGACAUCCGUUCUCCCACAGGACGUCCACCUGCAUCGUAACGUUUCAGAGAAGGGACUGGAACUUCUAGUCCUCGACAAAUUAGCAAAGCGCGCCAGUCAACCUCCAAAGCACCGAUCUUGCUGGCUCGCUCAGCAACAGGCCCCAAGCCAUGGAGACUGUCAAUUUUCCUGGCCUCAGCGGCAAAACGGCCUUUGUCAGGCCCCUGACCGUCGGGGACGUGGAUGCUUGCGUUCGUGUCGAGUCCACCUUCCCAGAGCCAGAGCGAUGCUCUGAGGAGAAAUUCAAAUACCGCCUCACUGUGUCUCCUGAACUCUGUCUCGGGCUUUUCAUUAACGAAGAGGGCCAUGAUGAGCUCAUAGGGCACGUGAUAGCCACCAGGAUCACAUCGGACCGGGUCACCGAUGACUCUAUGGAAAUGCCUCAGGACUGGGACGGCUCGCGGAAAGUCGUCAAAGCUGAUGACGGCCUGGUGAUUGGCAACGACGCGAAUGGGAGUGGUAUCGGCGUCCACGGUCUGGUCAUCGUCGCGGAGCACCAGAAGAAAGGCCUCGGUCGAUCUCUGCUGAACAAGUACAUUGAGUACCUGAGAAACUUGGACCAAAAGGCCGAGUGCGUCGCCAUCAUCGCACACGACCACCUUUUGCAAUUCUAUGAGAGCGUUGGCUUUAUAAACCUCGGCCCCAGCCCAUGCAACUUCGGAGGCGGCGGCUGGUACGACAUGGUUCUGGAACUGUGAGCCAUAUUCAGGCCACGGUAGAAUAUAAAAUCCCGACGCUAGAUAUCCCUUUCAGCUUCAUUGCAUAUAGAUUUAUCAAUCGCCUCGCAAUCCUUGCUCUCCAACUCGCCAUUGGUAAAACCCAACAACCUUUAUAGUCAUCCCCGACAGACCUUGC